AUGGUGAUUUCUACAACCCAACACCCAACCUUCACCCCCCUACGGGUGUUGCUCCCCCUACGGGUGUUGCUCCCCCUACUGGUGUUGUUCCCCCUACGGGUGUUGUCCCUACAGGUGUUUCCUGUCUUCCCCUCUGUAGAUUUCUACAACCCCCGCCGCGAUGCCCAACCCUCGCACCGCUCCGACUGUCCCUGCUGUCACCCGCCGGCGUGUGUCGGGGUGGGAGGGGAGAAGGAAGAGGGUGAAGAACGCAAAGAGGAAGAGGAUGGAGGGAGGAAGGAGGAAGAUGGGAGGCUCGAGGAGAAGGAGGAGGGUGGUGAGGAGGAAGAUGGAGGCCGCAACGAGGAUGAAGAAGCCGAGGAGGGGGAUGAAGAACCCGAGGAAGAGGAGGAGGGUGGUGGGGAGGAGGAAGAGGAGGAGUGUGGUGGGGAGGAAGGCGGUGGAUUCGAGGAGGGAGAUGAAGGUGAUGAUGGAGGCGCCGAGGAAGAGGGUGGAGGUGACACUGAGGCAAAGUGGGGCCCUAAGAAGGAAGAUGAUGGUGAGGAGGAGGAAGAUGACGAUGGGGACCCUGAAGAGGAGGAUGGUGAGGAAGAUGGCUCUCAGGAUGAUGGCCCUAAAGAAGAAGGGGAUGAAGGCUCUAAAGGGGAGGAUGGGGGUGAAGGUGGAGGCCACGAGGAGGACGGUGAAGAUGACACCAAAGGUCCCAGAGAAAAGGACAGCGGGGAGGAUGAGGAAGGUGACGCUGAAGAUGAAGACCUCGAAGAGGAUGGUGAGGACGAGGAGGAUGGCGAGGAUGAGGAAGGUGACACUGAAGAUGAAGGCCACGAGAAGGAUGGAACUGAAGAUGAAGGCCAUGAAGAGGAUGGUGAGGGUGAGGAGGAUGAUGAGAAUGAGGAAGGUGACGCUGAAGAUGAAGGCCACGAGGAGGAUGGUGAGGAUGAGGAGGAUGAAGAGGAUGGUGAGGAUGAGGAGGAUGAGACCAAAGGCCCUAUAGGGGGUGGGGAUGAAGGCCGCGAUGAGGAAGACAACAAGAAUGGAGGACGGAGACGGAUUUCGGGCUGCGAGCGGCGCUCACCCCUCAGCCUUCCCCCCCCUCCUCCUCCUCCUCCCCCCCAACCACCCCCCCAAAAAAACCCUCUUUCCCAUCAGCACAAGGCCUUUAAUGAGCGGCGCCCUUAACGAAGGCGCUCCUAACGAAGCGCGGCGCCGCCAGACCUCCAAUGGAGACCAGCGCAGCGUCCCCACCUCCGUCCGACGCCGCCGGGAGGUGCUGAAUCUGAGGGGGGGUCCCU